CGCCCCCGCCUCUCCCCGCGGCCCGCCCGGCCACCUCGCGAUCGCUCCGGAGCCCGCGCCGCCCCCGCGCCCCCGGCCAUGCUGUCCUUCCAGUACCCCGACGUGUACCGCGAUGAGACCGCCGUACAGGAUUAUCAUGGGCAUAAAAUCUGUGACCCUUACGCUUGGCUUGAAGACCCAGACAGCGAGCAGACAAAGGCUUUUGUGGAGGCCCAGAACAAGAUUACUGUGCCAUUUCUUGAGCAGUGUCCUAUCAGAGGUUUAUACAAAGAGAGAAUGACUGAAUUGUAUGACUAUCCCAAGUAUAGUUGCCACUUCAAGAAAGGGAAAAGGUAUUUCUAUUUUUACAAUACAGGUUUGCAGAACCAACGAGUAUUAUAUGUACAGGAUUCCUUAGAAGGUGAAGCCAGAGUGUUCCUUGACCCCAACAUACUCUCCGAUGACGGCACGGUGGCGCUCCGAGGCUAUGCAUUCAGUGAAGAUGGUGAAUAUUUUGCCUAUGGUCUGAGUGCCAGUGGCUCAGAUUGGGUGACGAUCAAGUUCAUGAAAGUCGAUGGUGCCAAAGAGCUUCCAGAUGUGCUCGAAAGAGUCAAGUUCAGCUGUAUGGCCUGGACCCACGAUGGGAAGGGAAUGUUCUACAACGCAUACCCACAACAGGAUGGGAAAAGUGAUGGCACAGAAACAUCCACCAAUCUCCACCAAAAGCUCUGCUACCAUGUACUGGGGACUGAUCAGUCAGAAGAUAUUUUGUGUGCUGAGUUUCCUGAUGAGCCUAAGUGGAUGGGUGGAGCUGAGUUAUCUGACGACGGUCGCUACGUCUUGUUGUCGAUAAGGGAGGGGUGUGAUCCCGUAAACCGACUCUGGUAUUGUGACCUCCAGCGGGAACCCAGUGGCAUCACCGGAAUCCUGAAGUGGGUGAAGCUGAUCGACAACUUCGAAGGGGAAUAUGACUAUGUAACCAACGAGGGCACGGUGUUCACGUUCAAGACAAAUCGUCAUUCUCCCAACUACCGCCUGAUCAACAUUGACUUCACAGAUCCCGAGGAGUCCAGGUGGAAGGUGCUUGUUCCCGAGCACGAGAAAGACGUCUUGGAGUGGGUAGCUUGCGUCAGGUCCAACUUUUUGGUGUUAUGCUACCUCCAUAACGUGAAGAACACUCUGCAGCUUCACGACCUAGCCACCGGUGCUCUCCUCAAGACCUUCCCGCUUGAGGUCGGCAGCGUCGUGGGGUACAGCGGUCAGAAGAAGGACACCGAAAUCUUCUAUCAGUUUACUUCCUUUUUAUCUCCAGGUAUCAUUUAUCACUGUGAUCUGACCAAAGAGGAACUGGAGCCCAGAGUCUUCCGAGAGGUGACUGUGAAAGGAAUCGAUGCUUCCGAUUACCAGACAGUUCAGAUUUUCUACCCUAGCAAGGAUGGUACAAAGAUUCCAAUGUUCAUCGUGCAUAAAAAGGGCAUAAAAUUGGAUGCCUCUCAUCCCGCUUUCCUAUACGGCUACGGCGGCUUCAACAUAUCUAUCACACCUAACUACAGUGUGUCCAGGCUCAUCUUUGUGAGACACAUGGGUGGUGUCCUUGCAGUGGCCAACAUCAGAGGAGGUGGGGAGUACGGAGAGACGUGGCAUAAAGGUGGUAUCUUGGCCAACAAACAAAACUGCUUUGACGACUUCCAGUGUGCUGCUGAAUAUCUUAUCAAGGAAGGUUACACGUCUCCCAAGAGGCUGACUAUUAAUGGAGGUUCAAAUGGGGGCCUCUUAGUAGCUGCAUGUGCAAAUCAGCGUCCUGACCUCUUUGGUUGUGUUAUUGCCCAAGUUGGAGUAAUGGACAUGCUGAAGUUCCAUAAAUACACUAUUGGUCACGCCUGGACCACUGAUUAUGGGUGCUCAGACAACAAACAACACUUUGAAUGGCUCAUCAAAUAUUCUCCACUGCACAACGUGAGGCUACCAGAGGCAGACGACAUCCAGUACCCAUCCAUGCUUCUCCUCACUGCGGACCAUGACGACCGCGUGGUCCCGCUUCAUUCCCUGAAAUUCAUUGCCACCCUUCAGUACCUGGUGGGCCGCAGUCGGAAGCAGAACAAUCCCCUGCUUAUCCACGUGGACACCAAGGCGGGCCACGGGGCUGGGAAGCCCACGGCCAAAGUAAUAGAAGAAGUGUCAGACAUGUUUGCAUUCAUAGCGCGCUGCCUGAACAUCGACUGGAUUCAGUAAAUGGCAUUUCCCACUGCCUCUGACCGCUGCGGAAAACCUCAAGGGCUCUCACACCAUUAAAACCGAGAAACCACUGGGCGUAAUGCCUCCCCACACGAACACUGUUCCUGCACUCGCGGACUGCAGCUGAACAGAACUGCCGUGGGAAUUUUAUCUUUUCUAGGCUUCUCCUUUUUAGCAGGCCCUUGGCGUUUCUUUUUCCACCCUGUGCAGGCACAUAUUUUAAAAGGAACAAAAGGCAUGUUCGGAUAAAUAGCUAAUGGCAGCCAACACAUUGUGAAUUUUAGAUUGCUGAAUUCAGAGUCAUGGUCAGGCAUACUUCAUAUAGAGCACCUCAGUGAAAUUUGCUUCUAUAACUAUAACCAAUACACCUUUACAUAAAUGUGAGACUUGUUCUCCUGAAAAAGACUUCUUUGCCACAAUAAUAAAUGUUAUUUAAGAAUGAGAGGCUUUAUUUCUGGUUCCUUUGUGUUGAGGAGCAACCCCAGAAGCGCAGUCAUUCUGCACUGCGUCCUGUCAUUUGUCUACGGGAAUAAGCAAUGAAGUCAUAGACUGUAAGCGCUGCACGGAGGCGGAGCGCGUCCAUCUAGCUCCCUUGUUUAUGGUGAGGAAGCUAUUAGGGGUGGCUUACUGUCUUACGUAUUAACCACGCAGCCAGCUGAUCGUAUCGUCAGGGGCUCUUUUGGUUUGGAUGCCUCCUAAAAAUCAGUGGACCCGAAGCUUCAGAUUACUCACCUAUUUGUCUGUCUGUCAAUUUGGUUACAAAGUAAUUGUGGAAAAUAGAGUACCUGGGAUUCUAAAACUAAGAGACCACAUGAGUGAACUCUCCAUAUUUAUCUUACAAUUAGAAAUUUCAGCAUUUGCCAAGCAGUUCUUC